UGUUAGACAUAUCGUCGCUCAGACAAGUUUGGUUUGGAGCCAAUACUAAAAGCUUUUACUAUCCUCAAUCUAUUAUACAAAAUAUAAAAUAUACACAUAUGUAUAUAUACAACUAACUAAAUUUCAAGUGCCGAGGGUAGCCUCACUCAUUCGUCGUAGGAAAAGCUUUCAGUUUCGUUUUCAUCUAAUAACAAAUCGGCAAAAGAAUUAUAGUUUUUAUUCGUGUAUCUUUUAUCUAUUUUGUGGGAUUCGCAUUUGUUGUUAUUAUUGGCAAUAUUGUGUUGCAUGUGUGUCUGAAUAAAGUAUCUGAUGAACGGAAGUUGAACUCUGCCAAAAGUUUAUAACUCGAAGUCAGUGAAAUGCGAGACUAGAAACGGAGAAGAAAUUCGGACUAUAAACUACACUGUGAUACAUUGGAACCUUUCUUUUUGAUUCUAUCUUUGCAAACUGCAGACCGUUGCAGAGCAGAUGUUGCGAGUCGGUUGCUAAUUACAUAAUGCGAACAAAUAACGACAAACUUGCAUCUAUUCCCAACCGGAGGAUCUAUGCAUGUAAGAUAAGAGUCCGCUGCGAAAUAUAGAUGAGAUACUUAGAAAAACCUCAUUGUGAACUUUCCUCAUUGUGGAAAAGUGUACCCAGUUGCAUAAGUGAUAUUUUCCAUACAUGCAUACUGUCCGCUUAGCUGGAAUCCGAAACCAGUUCCGUGCUUCCAGAACGCGAAGAUAGAUGUUCCAAAACGCUGUAAUUUACUUUGAAAUGUGAUUUCCUCUUGGAGAGAUUUACUACCACCAUUAAGCUUUGAAAACAUGUUAAUUACACCGCAAACUACAUAUUACAUGAAAGCUAAAUAUUAUAAAUUAUGAAAUUCUACGAAAUCGUUAUAUAUAAGCGCAGGCAUACGUAUGUGAUUCGAAUGUUUACAACCUAGAAACGAAGUAAAGUAACCAAGUAUCUACUUAAUCUUUCCAUUUGCCGGGCAUUUCAGUACGUACUGUGAUAUAUUGAAAGUGAAAUAAAAAGCCUUAUUUUCAAAAGUACGUUUUGUACUUAUUCGUAAUUUAAAUCGUGAAAGUGUUGAUCUUGCGGACAGCAGCUGGGUGUCGAUUGUGCAGCAUUUAUUGAUGUAAUCCCACUUACCAAAUUGGAAAAUAGUAUCCUUCAGAAUGGAUAACUGGAUGCAAGAUAUGGUUUCCAUGAUGACAGACGGCUCAAUCAGCCGAGUGAAGCAGGAGAUCGAGACAACGUCAUGUUGCAGUCCAACGCCUUCCAGUGGCAAUCAAAUUCAGCAGAUAGUGUAUAAUAAUAAUAAUUCACAAGCCUCACCUGGAUCUCCUGACCGACAGUUUUGCAGUUCAACAACAACAACGCUGGGCGAAAUAUGCGGCGAUUCAGGAAAUCAGUCGUCAAUGAAAGAAGAUAUUCCCAGGAGGUUAUGUUUAGUAUGUGGUGAUAUAGCAUCAGGCUUUCAUUACGGGGUGGCAAGCUGUGAAGCAUGUAAAGCUUUUUUCAAAAGGACCAUUCAAGGAAACAUUGAAUACACUUGUCCAGCAAACAAUGAAUGUGAAAUAAAUAAAAGACGACGGAAAGCAUGUCAAGCGUGUCGAUUUCAGAAAUGUUUACUAAUGGGCAUGCUAAAAGAAGGUGUUCGACUCGAUCGUGUUCGAGGUGGACGGCAAAAAUAUAGACGAAAUCCAAUAUCUAAUGCGUAUCAGAUGCAAGUACUUUACCCAUCAACUACAACCAGCCCCACCUCACUGGAUGAUAUUAAAAUCCUAGAAAUUCUUUCCUCAUACGAACAGGAUCCCUUAACCGUUAGCGACCUUCCGAUCGGUCCAUUGAGUAAGGAUGUCGAUGAUAAAACUUUGGUUUUCGAAGAUAAACCGAAAUGUGCUGCCGAUGCGCAUGAAACGUUGAGUAUAAUGAGUGAACUUUAUGAUAGAGAGUUAGUAGGGGUGAUUGGUUGGGCGAAACAGAUACCAGGUUUUACGGACUUGCCAUUAAAUGAUCAAAUGAAAUUGCUUCAAGUUUCAUGGGCGGAAAUUCUGACGUUACAAUUAGCGCAUCGUUCAAUUCCUUUUACGGGGAAAUUGUAUUUUGCGACCGAUUUUUGGCUUGAUGAACGAUCUGCUAAAGAAUCUGGUACUACAGAUUUUUAUUACCAUUGUGUGCAAAUUGCUCAGCGGUUAGAGAGGUUGUCACUGAGGAAGGAGGAAUAUUAUUUACUAAAAGCUUUAGCUUUGUCCAAUUGUGAUAUUCGUUUGGACGAUCAUUUGAUGUUAAGGAAAUUUAGAGAUUCUAUUUUAAGUGCGCUCAAUGAUUGUGUCUAUAUAUUAAGGCAUAACCUAGCAGUAUCACACCAGCAACAAUUACUAUUACUUCUACCAUCACUGCGGCAAGCAGAUCAGAUAAUUCGGAAAUUUUGGGUUAAUAUAUGUCGUGAGGGUAAUGUAACCAUGAAUAAGCUUUUCGUUGAAAUGCUUGAACCAGUGUCGAGAUGAAAAAUAAAAUGAUAUCAUGUAAUUGGUAAUUAAUUUUAAAAGUAAAAUGUAUUUUGUAAGAGCGACAACACGACCAUUUUAUUUUUAAUUCAAAUGUAAAGUUUUACAUUACAUUUACGCAUAAUACAUUUAAUUACACUAAAUGGUUUUUAUUCAUUACUAUUACUUUUGAGAAAGAAUCAUGAACGUUUCAUUUGGAAUCUCGUUAAUUGGGUGAUGUAAGUUAAAAUUUCUUAAAGUUAAUUUGUUUAUUAGUGAAAUUUUUUAAAAAAUUGUUCUUGGUUAAUUGUACGAAUUAUUGGAAUGUAAAUGAUGCAGAAAACGGAAGUGAAGUAAUUUGCAAGAAAACAUUAGAUGAAUGUCGUGUGAUCCAGGGGUUUCUUGGCUGUGUAUAGACUAACAAUAUUAAAAUAAAGAAAUCAAUAAUUACAAUAACGAUUAGAUAUGUUAACGACUGCUAUUACUUUUUUUGGUACGGUGAAUCGGUUUAUUGAAACCAUUAAGUUUUGUCAUUAUUGUCAUAUUGCUAUUUUUUGUUUCUCAUACAGAAUGAGCUGAUCAUCAUUUUAUGUGCACCACUUACGCGAAGAUCUUUCCAUAGUUUUAAUACAAAUAGGGUUUCCCUCUAUGCAUCUUAUAUUGAUCAUACUGACGAUUAUAUAAAAUAUCUACGAUUGUAUGCCUGUAGACGGUGCAUAUAAACUGGGGUCCCUACAAAUGAUUUGUUUGGCUUAAAACGGUGCCCACCUUCAAGUAAUUAAUUUGAAGCGAUUCAGCACUACCAUAUCCAAUCAUUUCCGUUGAUAUUAUCCACUAUCGCAUAUACUUCAAACAGCAGUUUAUAAUUAUUAAGAUCGAAUUCAGCCAGCAGCAAAAUGCACAUCUGUUAAAAAGCAUUUACAAGUAUAAAUCUAACUAAUUUGAAAACAAGGAAACUGAGAAAACUAAUAACUUAGCUUUAAGAUACUAUUCCACUUAGAUACUAUAUGUACAACACAUCAUUUUUUAGCGUUUGAUUAAAUAUAGUUUUACAACUUUAAAGCUGGCCAAUUGAAUACGAAAGCAUUGUAUUUCAUCAUGUUGUAGGUUUACUGAAAUUAGAGAAGUAUGUUUGAAAAAGUUGUCAAUUGUAAAUGAGUUGAAAUAUAUUAGGUAAUUUUGUUUAAG